UUUUUAGAUCUUUCUCUAGUACAACUGGAAAUGCUGUCUCGAAAUCUGCUACUACCUCGUUUGGCUGUUCGUACAUUUAAGACGUCAGCCCCAAUAGCUAGCGGACAUCACAUCGAACAUUGGUGGGGACCUGAAAAGGCUGCUGGGCGUGAACUUGUUGGUUUUGGAGUCAACGGUGACAAUGCGUACAGCGAUCGUCUGGACUAUUGGUAUCCUGCGAUCAGGUUUCGUAAAGAGGACGACGUUAUUGCGCCAAUUCGAAAGAAAGAAACCGGUGACUGGAAAGCACUGACGCCAGCGGAGAAGAAGCUGUUGUACCGCUACAGUUUCAAGCAGACGUUGGCGGAAUUCGAAGCCCCAACCGGAUACUGGAAGGUGAUUGUCUCCACUACGCUUGCAAUCAUAUCUCUUGCAACAUUCUACAGCGUCUUUUUGAACAUCUAUGUAUUCCCCCCUAUUCCGCCCACAUUCCAAGAUGAAUACAAAGAAGCACAAGUACAGCGUGCCCUUGUUCUUGAAAAAGGCAACUUCUUGGGAGCGCCCAAAUAUUACGAUUAUGAAAAUAAGAAGUGGAAGUAAUCUUUUAUAUGAAAGCUAGCAUCAUCGCGCUUCAUUCUCUCUCAGCGGUCGGAUCAGUUCCCACUCUUUCAUUAUUAUAGCUGUAGAUAGUCAUAUUAUGUUCGCUCUGGUCUGACUUCUAGAGAGAACCCGCGGAUAAAUGUCGUUUUUGUUUUAUCCCUUGUAUCUUGAGAGG